GACAUCGAUUUACAGAGGUGUCGUGAGUAGACGGACUUCUUUUUCACUUUUUACGAACGUAAAAGAAUUAAAGAGAUUAAGCGUAAUGUAUGUGGUGCUAGUGCAUUAAACGUUUAGGAUACGUUCUGUGCGUGUUAUAUUAACGAUAUGUUAUGCUGUUUAUGUGCUUAGUGUGAGAUAAAACAGCUACUCGAUUCUAAGUGAAGUGAUACUUUGGUGACAGAAAAACCCGUACCUAUAAUUUUUUGUCAGGAGCCGCCUGCCGAUUGUGCAUGACUUCAGGGCGGCCUACGUCUUACUGACUCAACUUCCAACACGACACACUAAACGUUAAGAGAAGCAGUCGCGAUGGCGGACACGGAUACAGAGACGCUGCCCAACGGCAACGGCCCGCUCUCCAACAACGAGGCGGAGGAGGAACGACUGAAGCAGCGGCCGGCGGACAUCGACGCUGAUGUCCGCGAUAUGGAGCGCCGGAAACGCGUCGAAGCGAUCAUGUCCUCGAAGCUGUUCCGCGAGGAGCUGGAACGGGUGCUGGACCAACAGAUGCACGAGGGUAACGACGCGCCACUUCUGCAGCGCAUACGGGAGAUGGUCGGCGGACGGCUACAUACUGGUAGCUUGCGGGGUCCCAGCUGCGUGCUUCCCAUAAACGACAUCCGGGGCAUCGAGGGUGUAGGCUACGAGAAGGGGGAGAAGAUAUUGCGUUGCAAGUUAGCCGCCGUGUACCGUCUCGUCGAUUUGUUCGGAUGGACUCAGACUGGCAUCACCGGUCUGAUCACGGCGCGUCUGAACACUGCGGUGGAGCAGGUGCUCACGUCUCCACGCGGCCUGCUUCCUCACGAGGUGACGGCUUCCUCGCUCGUGAAGGUCGAUAUGCAGGGGGUCGUCCAGGAUCAAGGCACCACCAACUUCCCCGUCAACCUUGAUGGUUUCGGCGUGGCGGCGUGCGUGCACGCGGCGCGGCCGGAUGUGCGGUGCGUGGUGCACGUGCGGUCGGCGGGCGCGCUCGCCGUGUCCGCUACGCGUCGCGGCCUGCUGCCGCUGUGCGCCGAGGCCGCGCUGCUCGGCCCGCUUGCCUACCACGCCACGCCUUACGGCGAACUUGACAACGAGGAACGCGACAAGCUCGUGCGCGCGCUGGGCCCCAGCGCCAAGGUGCUGGUGCUUAGCGGCAACGGCGCGCUGUGCUGCGGCGCCACGCUGGAGGAGGCCUUCUUCCAGGCCAAGAACCUAGCCGCCGCCUGCGACGUGCAGCUGCGCCUCGCUUCCCAACCCCUGGAGGAGCUGCACCUGCUGGACGAGCACACCCGCCGCCAGAUCUACGAGGCGUCGCGCAAGCCGCCGGCCGAGGCGGGCAAGUGGCGCGUGGGCGGCGAGGAGUUCGAGGCGCUCAUGCGCAUGCUGGACAACGCCGGCUUCCGCACCGGCUACAUCUACCGCCAUCCGCUCGUCAAGAACGAUGUGCCCAGACCCAAGAACGAUGUUGAAGUACCACCAGCAGUGUCAUCUCUUGGAUAUCUUCUAGAAGAAGAAGAACUCUACAGGCAAGGGUACUGGAAGAAAGGACAAGGCAAAACCGGUGAACGCACCCGUUGGCUGAACUCGCCCAACGUCUACCAGAAGGUGGAAGUCCUCGAGACCGGUACUAACGAUCCGAAGAAGAUCACCAAGUGGGUUCAGGAUGGAUCACCGGCUCACACUAGUACUCCUGUCAAGAUCGAUACACUACAAUUUGUGCCUAAGAACACGAACCCCAAGGAAUUUAAACAGCUACAGCAACAGAUCAAGGAGAACCGGCGCGCCGACAAGAUUAGCGCUGGGCCACAAUCCCACAUCCUGGAGGGCGUCACUUGGGACGAGGCCACCAGAUACGUGGGCGAGGACGCCGCCAACACGCACACCGGCGACCAUGUCGUGCUGAUGGGCGCGGCUUCGAAGGGCAUCAUCCAGCGCGGCUACCAGCACAACGCCACGGUGUACAGCGCGCCGUACGCGCGCAACCCGUUCGACCACGUGACCGACCGCGAGAUAGACGAGUACAAGCGCACCGUCGAGAGGAAGCAGCGCGGCAACGACUACGACACGGAUCUGUCAGAGUCGGAGGCGGUCAGCGGCGCACAAGUGACUUCACCCGCCAGCGCGCCCUCCGAGACCGAAGAGGAGUCACGUGACGAGCACCGAGUGUUGCGGAUAGAGACAAAGCAAGCACCGGUCCGCAGCCAGCCCGAGGUGGUGCUUAGCGAUGUGGACACGACCGACUUCCUGAAAGCAGAGCGGGAACACGCUGACCUCACUAGAGGCGAGCACACGGUGAACGGUGACCACUCCGACGCCCACCAGAGCACAUUCUCCCACAGCAGUAAAGAGGGUUCCCCGUCUAAGGAGGUCUCCACCGAAGACUCGCCCAAGAAGGACAAAAAGAAGAAGAAGGGUCUCCGGACACCGUCCUUCCUCAAGAAGAAGAAAGAGAAGAAGAAGGAGAAGUCCAGCACGCCGCAACCCGCCUAGAGAUAAAGCUCCAAAACAACACUGCCAUGUCGCUUUCAAAAUACUUCGUAAUUUUUAAGAGCAAACUCCAGAAUUACAAUUGUAUUAUUCAUUAUUCACCGCUUAUACAGUUCGAUGAGACAGUGGGAUUGGAAGGGAUCCCUGAGAUUUUAAGUUCGCAUGGUUUGACCCACCUAUAUAUUAGCAAACGCGAAUUAAAACCGCCCUUCGGUUCUGAGUGUGUUGGUCGAAACCUGAGCACUAAUAGAACUGAGCCGCUACGGUUUCGACCAAACACUCGGGCCUGAGUGACUAACGACGCUAAAGUUAAGGGCUAAUAUAGACGGGAUUUUAUUUAUGUGACAAAUGAUUUUUAUCGAUUUUUAUUAAAUUUCCAAAAUGAAAUUGAUUUUUUAUGACUUGCCAACAAACUCUUAUGAAAUUUCUUAUUUUAUAUUGUCUAGUUUUGUCCGAAUCGACAGUUUUCAUCGAAAGAUAUUUUUUUUAUUAUUGUAAUUUUUAUUUAUUUUUAAAAGCUAAUUCCAUUUUGGUGUUAAAAUGGAACUACGCGAGUUUUAUUUGCUUCUACUUAUCUAAUAGAGGAAACUAUUAGAUUAAGGUGUUUUUAAUGUGUUUAUUUUAAAUUUUAAUCUAAUUUAAUUAAUUAAUUUUACCACUUGAAUUUUUUAAUUAUGAAAAUAUUUUACGAUUAAAACUGUCGUUCGGGAUAUAUGGUGCAUUCUUACAAGUAAUUCUUCACCAGCAUCUAAUGCUUUUCGUGUUAGGGGGCUCGACCAUUUUGAUUAAAGGCCCACGCCAUUUUGUGCUUUUUAAAAUUUAAUUAUAAUAUAAGUAUAUCCACACUAAGUCAACUCGAAACGCAUGCUUCAAAUUAAAAAAAAAUCAUCAAUUAUUAAGAAAACAAUUUUCAUUUGAAAAUAAGGUACAAAUAUCUUUUAAAGCGAGCUAAAAAAGCAUGCAAUUCGAGUUGUUAUCUAUACAAUGUGGACAUAGCUUACGGCAUAGACUAUAGCACCCUUAUAUCUGUCAAAAUUCCCGCCCGACAUCUGUCAAAUUAUAAUAUUGACGUAAAUACAAAUUGGUGAUAAUUUUGACAGGUGUAUUAUUUGUGACAUCUGUCAAUGCAUAUAUGGAGUAAUUGAAGAAAUAUAAUAUAUAUAAGCACUUUAUCGAUUUAACUUUAAGAAGUUAUCGGCUAGCUAACUUGUAGAUUUUUUUUCUAUUUAUUUCGUUUCAAAUUGGGACGUAAGAUAGAUACGUAUGUGUUAAUUUCGACAUGGCGGUGAUUUCGACUCCAAAACUUCCAUUGUAUGAAAUCAAUGUACUUUCCAACUGUAAUUUAAAGGUUCAAUAAAUCUUUAAGUACCCAAUAAACGUAGCAAAGCAUUUAAAAAACGUAAAAAAAAAAUAUAGAUCCGCCUCUUCAUCGCCGCCAUUUUGAAAAUAAUACGUCUAUAGUACAUUAAACAGAAUGUUGUUAAGCUUGGGCCCAGAUUUUAAUUUCAAACAUAAAUUUUAUAUUUUUUAUUAUUUUAUUGCAUGUAAACGCGGGCCCAGCAUCAAUUUGACAUUACCUAGAAUUAGUCUAGAGUUGUUAAAAUGACAAGUUGAUUUUUUUUUAUUAAUACGUUAUGUGGGACAUCGCGUUACGUCCCGUAUUUAUAAAUAUUAAGUACUUGUAAUAUUAUAGAACUGUGGACACUGGCAUUCUAUGCGACUUCGUGUAAUUUGUAUUUGGAAUAAAUUAUUAGUUUUAAAGCAACUUUUUAUUUUUUUUAAUCCUCUAUUUUAGUCUCGUCCCGACCGUCACAAAUGUUGCCAGGCGAUUGAUGCUGGAUUUUUUAGUAGUCAAUAAGUUUUUAGCUUAAAAGAGUUUAUUUGUAUCAUGUAUUUUUUUAUUUCUAAAAUAUAUGCUGUUUGGAAGAUUUAUUAUGG